AUGACGCUUUCCUAUUCUUUCAAGACCCAUAUUACGUCGGGAUACGUAAAGGCUGCGGCGUCAACUGACCUCAAACAUCUGGUCGAAGAGCUGCUGCCCUGUGCCGAGCCCACCGCCCAUCCAUUCUUGCUUCCCCUCCUAGUGUUGAACCGCGAGCUAUGUACCAACAUGGAAGAGGUCCAACGGCGGGUCCGCGAUAGCCUUCAAGCUAUAGAGAACAGCUUGAGCGGGUGGUCUAGGAAGCCGAGCGGGCGCUAUGAAGGCCGUUCGGCCAAGAAUGCCGAUAUCAACGGGAUCUCUUGCAUGUUAGCCGAUGCCCGUGGCCAUAUGCUGUGGGAGCGGCCGGAAACAUGGAAACAAGUCUUGGAGAGUGUGAAGACUUCGUUGGGUCUUUUCUGGGACGAACUGCCGCUCGAGGACAAGGCGUCGAUGGUAAAACUUCAUCAGUCAAUCGAGAGGCGAAUAGGUUUCAUCAAGGCGCGACUGGCUGGUAUCGAGAGCUACGCUCAGGACACCAAGGACCGGCUCGAAAUCCAGGCCAAAGCAUUGGAUGUUCUCUUAUUAGAGACAGAGGCCAAAAUGAGUGUUGCAAUGACGAGCGCGAGCAGCCGCAUAGCCAAGAGCGCCAAGACAGGCAGCAGAGAUUUAGCUUCUCUCACAAUCGUCACUCUUGUAUUCCUCCCCGCGACAUUCCUCGCCGCAUUACUUCCAAACCCCUUCUCUCGUGCCUUUGAUUCGAAAAUCGACAUUUUGGCGAGCCUGUCGGCCCUUUUGGGCAUAGGGAUCGCAUUCCUUAUAAUGCUAACUUCCCUCUGCUGGGCUGUCAAGAUUCGCCAGAGGAAUAUUUGGAGACAUAGCGAGGAGGGAAGGAAAGUAGUCAACUUUACUACAGGGGCGAGGCCGAUGUCAAGAGGAAUUGAUGUACAUGGAAGUAUUAUUUAG